AUGUCGCCAUAUUUAUUUUUGAUAUGUAUUGAGAGGUUAGCCCAUUUAAUCCAAGCUCGAGUUAGUGAUGGCUUGUGGAGACCGAUUCACGUGGGGAAUGGGGAGGUGCGGGUACCGUAUUUGAUGUUCGCUGAUGACUUAUUGCUCUUCCUUGAGGCGUCAGAGGAUCAAGGUUAUUUAGCUAAAGAAGUUCUUAAAAGAAAUUGUUCACAGUCGGGUCUAAAGACAACAUGGCUUCCAUCUUCGAUUUGCGAGGGCCUGGAAAAAAGGUGUAGGACUUUUCUGUGGGGCGGGAAUUGGAGUCAAAGAAAAAUCCUCCUUGUAUCAUGGGAGUCGGUAUGUCGAAGUAAAGAGUCCAGUGAUGGGAUUAAAGCGACAACGGGAGAUGAAUAUGGCCCUUUUAAUGAAACUAGGAUGGUCCCUUUUGACAAAGACGAAUAUUCUAUGGUAGCUGUGAGGGAGCUAAUUCUAAGCACAUCGAUGCAGCGGCCGCCCAACGAGCCCUCCUCGGCCACAUGGGACUGCAUGCUUCCGGGGCCGCCCUCCAAGAACAACGGCGGAUCUGCCGACCUCUCCGCCGCUGGCCUCCUCGCCUACGCCGCCGGCAGCUCGGUUGCUGUCGUCGACACCCAUUCCAUGCAACUGGUCGCUACCCUCCCCCUCCCCCCGCCACCCUCCGCCGCCGCCUCUCCUUUCAUCACCGCCGUGCGGUGGUCUCCUCUCCCCCUCCCCCACCACCUCCUAGAGAGCGAGAACACCUCCCCGCACCUCGUUCUCUCUGUUGGCGACCGCCACGGACGCAUAUCUCUGCUUGAUUUCCGCUCCAGAGCUCCCAUUCUCUUCUUCGACACAAAUUAUCCCAAUUCUUCGAAAUUAGGUAUCCAGGAUCUGUGCUGGAUCCAGACCCGACUCGACAUUUGGGCCCUUGCCGCCAUUUCAGGACCCUCUUUGCUCUCCAUCUACAACACCGCCACUGGCAGGUGCUUCUUCAAGUACGACGCCUCUCCAGAGUUCUUCUCAUGUCUACGCCGUGAUCCCUUCGAUUCCCGCCAUUUCUGUGCCCUGGGACUCAAGGGAUUCCUGCUGUCCGUUAAGUUGCUGGGUGAUGAUUCUGAAAGCGAUGUUGUACUGAGGGAGCUUCAGAUUCCUAUGGACACCUCGGAAUUGCAGAGGCUGGAGCGAGAUUCCUCUGGCAGCAGUGGCAGUAACAAUGGGGCACCGGCCUCUGCCGUUUUUCCCAAUUAUGUGGUGAGAUUUGCAUUCUCACCACACUGGAAGCAUGUGAUAUUGGUUGGAUUUCCGAGAGAGCUGGUGUUGUUUGACUUGCAAUAUGAAUCAGUGUUGUUCGCAGGGGGCCUGCCGAGGGGCUGCGGCAAGUUCUUGGAGGUGUUGCCAGACACAAAUAUGGAGGUCUUUUACUGUGCCCAUUUGGAUGGGAAGCUCAGUACAUGGCGACGGAAAGAGGGAGAGCAGGCGCACCUUAUGUGUUCAGUGGAUGAAUUAAUGCCAUCAAUUGGCACAACUGUUCCUUCUCCCUUACUUCUUGCAGUUGCCAUCUCCCAAUCGGAUUGCACUCUCCAAGACAUUCACAAGCUUUGUCCUGACAUAGAUUCACAUGAUCUGAAUUUUGACAACUCUUUUGAUUUCCUUGCCAAAACUUCAGUGAUUUCUAAGACACAUUUGAUAUCCAUUUCGGAUGAUGGAAACGUGUGGAAAUGGCUCCUCACUGCUGAGGGGCCUAUGGACGGCCAGAGGGAUAGAGAAAAGGUGAAAAGGGUUGAUGAAGUAUGUGAAGUUUCAGAACCCCUUGAAUUUGAACGCAAAUCAGAAGUUGUUACUGUCGAUGAACAUGCAACAAAAACAAUGACACACUUAUAUGAUACGAAAGGCAUAGAGAACCGUCAAUCCUGCCCCACUAUUGUUGCUGAUGAAGUGUCAUUUAAGGUGAAUCUAGUGGGAGAGGUCCAUCUUUUGUCAUCAGCUGUGUCUAUGCUGGCUGUACCAUCCCCAUCAUUGACAGCUAUUUUGGCACGUGGUGGAAACUCUCCUGCUGUUGCUGUUCCGCUAGUUGCUUUAGGAACACAAAGUGGCACGAUUGAUGUGGUCGACAUCUCCGCCAAUGCUGUUGCUGCAAGUUUUUCUGUUCACAGCAGUGUGGUCAGAGGAUUACGUUGGCUAGGCAAUUCAAGACUCGUUUCAUUUUCUUAUACACAGGUAACAGAGAAAACCGGUGGAUAUGUUAAUAGGCUUGUUAUAACUUGCUUAAGAAGUGGCCUUAAUCGAUCUUUUCGAGUACUACAAAAGCCAGAGCGAGCACCAAUAAGAGCACUACGGGCUUCUUCUUCUGGCAGAUAUCUUUUGAUAAUGUUCCGGGAUGCACCUGUUGAGGUCUGGGCUAUGACAAAGACACCAAUGAUGCUAAGGUCAUUAGCACUUCCGUUUACCGUUCUUGAAUGGACUCUUCCAACAGUUCCAAAGCCAUUGCAAAGCAAACCUUCAAGGACCUCUUCCUUUUUAUCCAGAGAUCGUGCUAGCACUCCCGUAACUGCGACCUCAUCUCCAACUAAAUCGUCAACAGAUGCUAAGGAAUCAGCAGAAGGAUCCCAAGAUGAAUUUUCAGAGAGCUUUGCAUUUGCUUUGGUGAAUGGUGCAGUUGGAGUAUUCGAGGUCCAUGGACGAAGAAUCCGUGAUUUCAGACCCAAAUGGCCAUCAUCUUCUUUUGUUUCCUCUGACGGACUGAUUACAGCCAUGGCUUAUCGUUUGCCUCAUGUGGUAAUGGGAGACAGGGCAGGGAACAUACGCUGGUGGGAUGUAACAACUGGGCAGUCAUCCUCAUUCAACACUCACAGAGAUGGUAUUAGGAGAAUCAAGUUCUCACCAGUUGUCCCUGGAGAUAGUAGCCGCGGGCGCAUUGCCGUGCUAUUUUAUGACAAUACGUGUUCUGUGUUUGAUCUUGAUUCAGCUGAUCCAUUGGCUAAUUCCCUUUUACAACCACAAUUUCCUGGAACUUUAGUACUUGAGCUUGACUGGCUACCAUUGCGGACAAACAAGGAUGAUCCUCUGGUACUGUGCAUUGCUGGAGCUGAUAGCAGUUUUCGUCUUGUUGAACUUAAUGUAAGUGACCAAAAAGUGGGAGACUUCGGUUUGCAAACACGAAAUAAAGAGAGAUUUCGGCCCGUACCUUUGCCAUCCCCUGUAUUGCUCCCUGUACCACAUGCCCUGGCAUUGCGGAUGAUUUUACAGUUUGGCGUGAAACCUUCGUGGUUUCAUGUAUUCACUUCAACUGCUAUUGAGGAAUGUUCACAUAUCCCAGGAACCCCGUCAUCCGGGGAUCUCCGUGGUUAUAUGGUGGAUUCACUAUAUAUUGGUGACUCUGCUGUUCCGGAGAUGCUUCUUAAAGUAUUAGAGCCUUACCGUAAGGAAGGUUGCCUGCUUGAUGAUGAGAGAUUAAGACUAUAUGGUAAAGUCGUUCAUAAAGGCUCCACAUUGAGGUUGGCAUUUGCAGCUGCCAUCUUUGGUGAAUCCAUGGAAGCGCUUUUCUGGCUUCAGUUACCUAAUGCUCUCAACCACUUCAUGAAUAGAUUGGUUAAAAGACCAUCACAAAAAGGCCCUCAUGCAGCUCAAAAUCCUGAAAUUGAUGAGGAAUCUAUGUUGAGCAGGAUAUCUUCAAAAGGAAAAUCAGUGCCUGGAUCGGGGGGGCAAAAGAAUGUUUUGGUUAAUUGUCAACUUAAAUUGAUGGCUUUUGAACAGCAAGAAUUGUGGGAGCGUGCUAAUGAACGUAUUAAUUGGCAUGAAAAAUUGGAUGGUGAAGAGGCAAUACAGAACCGUGUGCAUGAACUUGUGUCGGUUGGAAACUUAGAAGCUGCUGUAAGUUUGCUCCUCUCUACUUCUCCAGAAAGCUCUUACUUCUAUUCAAAUGCUCUGCGAGCUGUUGCCCUUGCCUCUGCUGUAUCUUCUUCUCUACUUGAACUGGCUGUGAAGGUUGUUGCAGCCAAUAUGGUCAGAAAUGAUAGGUCAAUGUCUGGCACACAUCUGCUUUGUGCAGUAGGGAGGUAUCAGGAAGCUUGUUCCCAGUUACAGGAUGCAGGAUGCUGGACUGAUGCUGCAACAUUGGCUGCAACACACUUAAAAGGAUCCGAUUAUGCAAGGGUGUUACAAAGAUGGGCAGAACAUGUUCUUCAUGCUGAACAUAACAUAUGGAGGGCCUUGAUUUUGUAUGUGGCAGCCGGUGCACUGCAGGAAGCUUUAGCCGCACUUCGGCAGGCACAGCUGCCGGACACUGCAGCCAUGUUCAUUGACGUUUGCCGUCAAAUCCAUUCAGAAUUUCUGUCCCGACUGGAUUCUGACGAAGACGAAGAUACUUGUCUAAAGGAGAAGGUUAUCGACUUGCCUGGCCUUAACCCUGCAAAUGAAGAUGUCGUUGCCGUCGCCGAGUAUUUCGGACAGUACCAAAGGAAGCUAGUGCAUCUUUGCAUGGAUUCUCAGCCUUACACCGACUGA